UGGCUUGGGACAUUACACACAUGUAACUACAGGGGAAACCAGUGACUGGGCGAGUGUGUGUGUGGGCGGUUUGAAUCGUGUAGACCAAUGGUCACAGUUUUAUUAUAAUUGACGUGUAGGCCCUGCAUAUUUUAAAACUUAAUUUAAAAACAGUUUUAAUUUUAAAACAUGGACAUCUGUAAGUUGUCCAUUUCAAACAAGAUGCAAUGUUAUUAUAAAGUCGUGUCGAUUUGUGCCUUUGCUGUAAUUAUUGCACUAUGUGGCUUGGCGUCGUCUGCCGCGCCAACCCCCAUGCUAUGUACGGACAUGGUCACCGAGUGUGGGACUAGGGCUCAGAAGAAGGUGGUCAACCUGACCUUAGCACAACAAGACCUCUACGCGUGCAUCGUGUACGAGACAACGGUCAGCUGUACUGAGGAGUACCUGUGCACGUGCGUGGCCGAACUCAGCCAGCUCCAGGUCCGAGCCUUUAGUGAGCUGUUUGACCAGUACACGUCUGCCUGCAGUAAAGUUCCAGGAAGUCACAUCAGGACUAACAAAGAUUUAAAAUGUUUAAAAGAUCACAACGUGACGAGCCACGAGAACCUGGUUAAUGACGGGAUACUGGAGGAGGCGGAAGACGUGUUGACAGUUGAGAGCACGGUAGAAAAACUAAAUGCCCGGUGCCCCGGAUAUGCCUCUUGCCACUACAACUACACAAGUCAAGUUAAAAAAAUAUCCUCUAGAAAUUUGACAACACAGGAGACAUUCCAGUUGUUAUGCAGGGCGUCGAAGGAAAGCCUGGCCUGUACCGAGAAGGUGUUGUGUGCGUGUGGGCAGGGAAAUAACCCAGCCCUGAAGAUGGUCCUGCGGCAGAUACGUCACAACCACGAGUCGUCCUGUAACGAGGAUCUGAAUAUCGGCUAUUUGCGGUGCAACGGUGAUACAAAGCAAACAACCACACCCACCCCUCUCCCCACGGGUCCGCCCAGUGACCUUGAGCGGCUGUGUACCUACCCGGUGACGGCCUGCGAGGAGAGGCAGGCGAUCAGACAGGCCAUGUUCAAACCCAACCAGCUCAACCAAACGGCCUACGUCGUCUGCGAACUGACACUGGAAAGCAUGAUCUGCAUUGAGGAUUAUCUUUGUGAAUGCCCUGGUAUGAAUUCAGCCGAAUUAGUGCUGCAGUAUGAUGACGCCAUGAUUUCGUAUAGGGGCAACUGUUCCAACGUUGUUGGACAUGUUACGAAAUCUGGAAACAUUCGAUGCAAAUCAGCUUUCACAAAUGAAGCACAUUUGGAGCCAAAAGAAGAUGUCAUUUUUGGAGAAAUUGAAAGCUCGUUGGAUCUGAAGACCAAGAUAAAGAACAUCGACCUCAAGUGCCCUGGCUACGACCAGUGCUACAACCUGACCCAGGCGUACAAUGCGCGUGCCAUGGCCACAACGGACGAGGAAGAGCAGGUCGCUCUCGUCUGCCAGGGGUCGCGCCUAUUUCUUGAAUGCUUGAACGACAAGUUCUGCCAGUGUGGCUUGAACUCUGACCUCACGGCACGACAAACAAUCCGGAAACUUCGGCAUUAUCACGAGGAGUUCUGUGACCAGGAUUUAGUUUUCGGAUUUUUAAACUGUGCAGAUCAAAACUUGACCAAAUCAGAUUUACUGGUUGGCCAGGGACGUAACCUAUGUAUUAAUUUUCUUGAGACGUGUGAUCAAAGAGUUAUAUCCCAUUACUCUAGUUUAAAAAACAAGGACGACAAAUCUUACGUUUCCUGCGAAAAUUUUAAAGUGCAGGUACAGUGCUAUGAAGAAAUGAUAUGCAAUUGUCCAUAUAUGAAUACUCAGGAAAUGCAGAAUACUCUUCAUGAUUAUAAAAGAUCAUAUGAAUCUUUCUGCAAAAAUGUUUCAGAACAUGUCAUCAGGACCGGUGAUAUUUACUGUAAAGACCAAGAGAAGCUUGAUGCCACUAACCCUGGCCAGGAACUUAUUGCUGAAACUGAAGUGAAAGAAAUGAGUCUACAGCAAUAUGCAGGCUUGGUAAACACAAAAUGCACAAAGUAUGAAAAAUGUUUAAACCUAACUAAACAUUACUCAGCCAUUGUGUAUCAGACUUCAGCUCAACCAGAAAAACUAACAAUUAGCUGCGAGGGUUCUAAAUAUAGCAUCAUCUGUCUGGAGGACGCUCUGUGUGAGUGUGGCUUGGCCAACAACUCGGACUUUAAAAACAUUUUGGAAAACUUGAGAAUCCAACACAGCACCACAUGUGGUCAAGAACUCACUAUUGGAUACCUUACAUGUUUAGGUACAACAGCAGUAGGCAUAUCUUAUUCAUGGAUGAUUUUAUUUAGUUUUUUAGUUAUUUACAAUCUGCUGGAUUAAGCGCGGCAGAAAAUUAAAAAGUUAAAACUUAAUUUUAUAAAUUGUGGUUUUUUUUUACAAGAUGAUCUUCCAUUAUCUUUCAGCAGAGGAGUCAAAUUUAUUAUUCAAUUAAAAAUUAGCCCUGAAGUAGAGUCAAAAAUUAGUGCUGCCCCCUGGAUAAGAGAGACAGAUUUUUAAGUUGUUUAUAAAAUACAAGUGCAUUUUUUGUGUGCUAGUCCAAACUUUUUUUGUCUAUGUUGGUCAUUGUGUUUGUGACAAAACAAUUUAUGUUAAUUAUUGUGUGUUAGUCACAGCAACAACAACAAAAAUUCUACAAAACAAACCAAAAUGUAUAGAUUUCAAAAAGUUGGGAAACUUGACAGCCCAAUACAUGGGAUUUAUUUUAGUCUAUCUUUACUGCAA